AACGCAUCGAAUCCGCCGCCGUUUUCCAACAUCGUGGACGUCUCGAAUACUACAACCCCCAACCCUAGGAGGAUGAUGAUCCCUCUGGAAGUAGUUGUUCUCUUCCUGGACAUGGGAGGAGGGUGAGGAGGAGGAGGAUGGGACUACAGCCUCUGCUGGGAUUUGCUGUCCUGGAGGAGGAGGAGAUCCAUCUGCAGGGCUGAUUUGCUUUAGAUGUGUGAGGGAAAUCUCCUCUGUACUCUAUCAGCCCGAGCAGGGGCUGCCUCACCCCGAAUACACCUCCAUAUUGGAUUAUCCUCCUCAUUUCUCGCACCGGGAUUGAUCCGCAUUGGAUUGCACUUGGAUUUGUCUUAUUUUUCCUAUCCCCCCCCCUCUUUCCCAUACAUUGGGUGGAACAAGUGAUGCAACAGCCGGAGCUCAGCUGCUUCCUCCUCCCAGCCCUGGAUGUCACCUGCAGGGAAUGAGGACACCCCGGCCUGAGGCGAGGGGUGGGGACGCCCCGUUCUGUCAGGGAUGCUGUGAUUGUGGCGGAGCCCGCCGUCUGCCGCCUCCACUGACAUUUUCUAUCUAGCCUCGUGAUAACGUGAGGGGAGGGGGGGAAACAAGAGAUAGCGGCAGCCCCGGGGCCUGGCGGCGGCGGAGGAGGAGGGGACACCGAGCGCUGCGCUACUCUCAAGAUGUCAGCCAGGACGCCAUUGCCGACAGUAAACGAGCGGGACACAGAGAAUCAUACGUCAGUGGACGGCUACACGGAACCACACGUCCCUCCCACGAAGUCGAGCAGUAGACAAAGCCUUCCUCGAUGUCGCAACUCCAUAGCGUCCACCACCGACGAGCAGCCGCACAUCGGAAACUACCGCCUGCUGAAGACCAUCGGCAAAGGAAACUUUGCCAAAGUGAAACUGGCCAGACAUGUCCUGACGGGGAGAGAGGUUGCAGUUAAAAUAAUAGACAAGACUCAACUAAAUCCUACGAGUCUACAGAAGUUAUUUCGGGAAGUCCGAAUAAUGAAGAUCCUAAAUCACCCGAAUAUUGUUAAACUCUUUGAAGUCAUAGAAACUGAGAAGACAUUAUACCUAAUAAUGGAAUAUGCAAGCGGGGGAGAAGUGUUUGAUUAUUUAGUGGCCCAUGGGAGGAUGAAGGAGAAGGAGGCGCGGGCGAAAUUUAGGCAGAUUGUGUCUGCCGUGCAGUAUUGCCACCAGAAGUGUAUUGUGCAUCGAGAUUUAAAGGCAGAAAACCUUCUCCUUGACGCAGACAUGAACAUCAAGAUAGCCGAUUUCGGCUUCAGCAACGAGUUUACCAUCGGGAACAAGUUGGACACGUUCUGCGGGAGCCCCCCUUACGCAGCGCCUGAACUUUUUCAGGGAAAGAAGUACGACGGCCCCGAGGUUGACGUGUGGAGCCUGGGGGUUAUCCUGUACACCUUAGUCAGCGGAUCUUUACCCUUUGAUGGACAGAAUUUAAAGGAAUUGCGGGAACGGGUUCUACGAGGAAAGUACCGUAUCCCAUUUUAUAUGUCCACGGACUGUGAAAAUCUACUAAAGAAACUGCUUGUACUGAACCCUGUUAAGCGAGGCAGCUUAGAACAAAUUAUGAAGGAUCGGUGGAUGAAUGUUGGCUACGAGGACGAUGAGCUGAAGCCAUACACUGAACCAGAACCUGAUAACAAUGAUACCAAGAGGAUAGACGUUAUGGUCACAAUGGGAUUUUCAAGAGAGGAAAUCAGCGAGGCGGUAGUUGGCCAGAAAUACGAUGAGGUGAUGGCGACUUACCUACUUCUGGGAAGAAAGCCUCCAGAGUUUGAAGGCAGCGAGUCUCUCUCCAGCACCAACCUGUGUCAGAGGUCUCGGCCAAGCAGUGACCUGAACAAUAGCUCCGUGCCAUCUCCUGCCCACAUGAAGGUCCAGAGAAGUAUAUCUGCAAAUCAGAAACAGCGGCGGUUCAGCGAUCACGCCGGCCCGUCAAUACCCCCAUCGGUGUCCUACACAAAGCGAGGACAGGCAAACAGUGUUGAAAGCGAACAGAAAGAGGAUUGGGACAAAAAUGGCUCCCGCAAACUCAGCAGCACCACCGUGGGCUCUAAAGGAGAGGUGACCGCUAGUCCGCUGUCUGGUCCGGAGAGGAAGAAAUCCACAACCGGCCCCAGUAAUAGCCUGUUUCCUGGCAGCGGGAUGACCAGAAGGAACACUUACGUUUGUGAACGCACUACUGAUAAACUCAAUGCUGUACAGAAUGGGAAAGAUAGCAGCUUAACAGAGAUGUCUGCGGGCAGCACAUCAUCUACAGGCUCCGCAGUCCCCUCCGCACGACCCCGUCACCAGAAGUCAAUGUCAGCCUCAGGACACCCUAUCAAAGUCACCUUACCUACUAUCAAAGACGGUACAGAAGGCUUCCGGCCAAGCAGUGCAAACCAGCGAGUACCGGCCACAUCCCCUUCUGCUCACAGUAUUAGUACAAGUACCCCGGACCGGACCCGGUUUCCUCGCGGGAGCACCAGUCGGAGCACUUUCCAUGGAGAGCAGCUCAGGGAUCGUCGCACUGCUACGUAUAACGGACCACCGGCAUCACCUGCCCACGAGACCACCCAGUUCUCCCACAGCAGGAGAGGGACCUCCACCGGUAUUAUCAGCAAGAUUACCUCCAAGUUCGUACGAAGGGAUCCGAGUGAAGUUGAAGCGAGUGGCAGAACAGACACCUCAAGGAGCACUUCCGGGGAGCCGAGAGAGAGCCAAAAAGAAGACUCAAAAGAUUCCAAGCCCCGAUCUCUACGCUUCACUUGGAGCAUGAAGACCACUAGUUCCAUGGACCCCAAUGACAUGAUGAGGGAGAUUCGCAAGGUCUUGGAUGCCAACAACUGCGAUUACGAGCAGAAGGAGCGGUUCUUGCUUUUCUGCGUGCACGGUGACGCCCGGCAAGACAGCCUGGUACAGUGGGAAAUGGAGGUGUGUAAACUGCCUCGUCUGUCCCUCAAUGGCGUUCGCUUCAAGAGAAUAUCCGGGACGUCCAUCGCCUUCAAGAACAUUGCGUCCAAGAUUGCAAACGAACUCAAACUGUGAAAAGUUUCGUUUUUUUCGACACAACAUACAACAUCUGAAUGUACUGCUGGAAACUCCGCCGCCCGGGAGCAGAAUCGGGCUUCUCUACCAGUAACGGGCAUUACGUCACUUGGCUGGCACGCACGCCUCCCCCCCCCCCCCCUUUACGUUACAGAUAAUGCCCUUACUGCAAUAAGGUUAUACAGGAUUCUCUAAUCAAUUGUACAUUUUGAAAUUCCGUAUCCCUUCUACCGUAAAUAAGCAGCCAGUCUCGCGGCUUGUACAGCAAAUCCUAGAGAACAUUCACCACUCGGUCAAUGUGGAUAGAAUUGUAAAAUAGACAAUUCAUUGCUUUACAACAAAAAAAAUAAGCAGAUCUUGUAUAGCUGGGUUUAGUUUUCUGUACAGACGUCUUUGUUCAGUGUUUUGUUCAGAGAACCACGUUCUUCCUUAUUGUUUUGAUGAUAUGACUCUUAUUUUAAUUUUAUUCUAUAAAUAAUUUUUUUUCUCUUCCCAAAAGCCCAUUAUCGUCUAAACCAAUCAAAGAAGAAACAGGGUUUAUCCUCAUGACUGCACGAAGUCCCAGAGAGUCGCAGACUACCGACAGUACUGCCUAGUUCUUGGCAGUGACCGCCGUCGGGCUGUCCGAUGAUCCUUUUAAACCCCAAAGAUGUGUACAGUAUACUAGAUGUACCUGGCAGUGUUGAGAGAGCGAUAAAGACAAUUAUGAUUACAGUGUUAAAGGAGAUUGAGAAAUUCUAUGUGAAAGCCAGAGAAUAUUUUUAUUUCAAUCGAGAUUAUCGAUAACUUCUUCAGCUCAAAAACGAAGGUCUUUACGUCUACUCCUCAAGGUCCAAAUGCUGCUCUGCUUCGUCUGUUUCAGACAUAGGGGUGUUACGUGUUCGCUCACGCCCCAUACCGUGUGUUACAUCCACUUCCGUUACUGCAAAGAAUUUUCAGAACAGCUUACUUACUUACUCUGCCCCUCUAAAUCGUAAACUUUUUUUAUUUUUUUUAAUCAUUUUUGGAAAAUCUUUCUUAGGCCUUGCAACAACAAUGUCUGCGCAUCAGUGUAUUACUGAUGCACAGCUGGUAUUAUAGACUCUGCUUUUUUUUGGUGAAAGAGCCAUUAGGGGAAAUAUAAACAGCCAGGAGCCCCUUUGCCACAAAGGUGUUCCUCUGCUAUGACUGGAACGUCUGCAUGAGCAGGGGGUGUCAUCUUUAAAUUACUGUGCAUAGGAGUAUAUCAUUCUGUAAUAUAAUGUGUGAAGACCUCUAAUGUGAGUUACUGCAGGUUUCAUUUGGCUGCUUUUGAGGGGGAGGGAGUGCUGUUUAACAUUCGGAUACUACAGACCAAGUGUGAAAAUGUGGCAUCCCCAGAGUCCACAAUGUCAACUUGAGAUGGUCCUGAAAACCCCAUUAUAUCAUAUACCAUGAUGUUUUUGGACACUUUUUUUAAAAGGGUUUUCCAGUCUUUGAAAAAACUUUGUGUCUGAAUGCUCUCCAUAUGAUACCACCAUACUUAAAGGGGUUAUCCAGGAAAAAACUUUU